AUGGAGCCAUCAUUUUCUUACACUUUCCUUCUUUUCCGCCUGAAAGUUCUUUCGCAUCAAAAACAUAUUGCAACUUUCUUUUUUUUUCUGGGUUUUUUUUCGUUCAAUUUCUUCCUUAAUUUUUUAAAAUUUCUACCAUUCCUUCUUUAUUUCACAAACUGUCAUAUCUAUCUAUCUAUCUAUCUAUCUAUCUAUCUAUCUAUCUAUCUCAGCAGCUUUAUAUAUAUAUAUAUAUCUACUUAUCUCAGUAUCAUUUUCUUUCCAGCUCUUCUUUCUUUCUUUCUUUCUUUCUUUCUUUCUUUCUUUCUUUCUUUCUUUCUUUCUUCCCAGCGUUAUUUUUUAUAUCUUUUUAUUUACUUUUUGUAUUCCAUUAUUCAUUCUUCUGAUUUAAUUCUGUUUUGUUUUUUCCUUUCUUUGUAUUUAAUUUUUACUUUCCUUUCCUUAUUAUAUUUCUUUCUUUCUUUCUUUCUUUCUUUCUUGCUUUCUUUCUUUCUUUCUUUCUUAGCUCCCCACCUUAUCCUUCUUCUACUCCCAUUUUCCUUAAUGUAA